GAAAAGAAUGGCUCCCACCUUUAUCCGUGAUAUAGAACCUUUUCAAUUCAUUGAAGAAAUGAGAGCUCGGGUAGCAAGGAUAUGGAGGCCCAAAAAGUUUGAUACUGAUAUCUAUGAUGGGCUUCAUUAUGUUCUCAUCGAUGAAAGGGGCGAUGCUAUCCAUGCUAUAAUUGAUGAAUCACAUUAUCCAGUUGUUACAAACAAAAUGGAGGAAGGCAGGGUCUAUGACAUAUUUCGCUGCCAUUCAAGAGAGAAUGACUUUCCAUUCAAAGUUAUUGAUCAUGAGGCACACCUCUCUUUUAACCGGAUGACAGAGUUCAAACAAGUUCAAGACUCUUCCUCACCGAUUCCACAAUAUGCAUUCAACCUCCUUGAGUUCAGUGAGUUAGAUGACAAAAAAGAAGAUCAGAUAGUUCUGAUAGAUGUUUAUGGUUGUGUGAAGUCAAUCAUGCCAGAGUCCCAGGUCUUUGUGAGGAACAAAGAAAAAAUGGAAUCAAAGUGUGAAAUAACCUUGGAAAAUCUCAGGAGAGAGGAUGUUAAAAUCACUCUGUGGGGCGAUAAUGCCAGACAAUUUGAUGUACAAGCUGUUCAAAAUCGUUCUCCACCGAUCUUAGCAGUAUUUACAAGCUUGCGGAUUACUGAAUUCCAACAACGAAUCACAUUGUCUGGAACGAAUCAUACCUGCAUGAUUGUAGACCCGCAAAUUCCUCAAAGACAAGAAUACAGAAAUGAAUUCUCCAAGCCAGGUGACAAAGUAAAGAUUCUUGCUAUCCCAUUUAAACAGGCAACUCAAGAAGAGCUCAAAGAUCGACCAAAAAAAACAGUAUCAGAGUUGAACAUGCUUAAUCCACGCCUGUACAACAACAAGCCUGUUUGCUGCAGGGCUAAAAUCGCUAGAUUCUCAACACACAAUAGCUGGUGGUAUAACGGUUGUCCAUUCUGCCGCAAGCAGCUUCAACAGAAACAAAAUUCUAAUGAAAUGAGUUGUAUUAAACAUAAAACACAACAGCCUUUGCCAUAGUAAGU